AUGGAUGAAGAUAAUGUAGAAGAUGAAGGCGAUGCGGAAGAAGGAUUGAUAAAAUCCGAAAAGAUAGGAGACAUCAACAUUGGAAAUAUUUCGAAAGGAGCUUCUGUAACAUUUCAUUUGAACAGAUCGCGAGAAAAACCAACAAAGGAUCCCUUUGAAUAUUUCUAUGAUACUACCAUACCGUCGUCUGUAAAGGCUCUAGAGUUGGAUAUGAUAAAAUUAACAGCACAAUAUGUAGCCAUGAAUGGAAAACAAUUUCAAUUCGAAAUAGCAAGUGCAGAGAGCAAGAACCCACAAUUUGAUUUCUUGAAACCAAAUCACAGACACUUUCACUUUUUUAACAAGCUUGUUGAUAUUUACACCAAAGUAUUAUUUCCUGACAGAUUGACACCUAUGGAAAUCCAAAGAUUAAGUCAAAAGGAUUCUAACACGACUAUUAAUAAUUCUACAACACAGGAUACUAAUCAAAUGGUCAAAGACGAAGAUCAUAUUUACAAGUAUUUAAAUUUAUUCGCCAAUCCAGAAAACAAGCUAGCUGUCCUUGAUUUACUCUUCCAAAAAGCAGAAUGGGAAAUUAUGCAAGAAGAGAAGCAAAGAAGAGAACAACUCGACAAGGAUGAAGACAAAUCCGUGUUUGACAUGAUUGACUGGAAUGAUUUUAUUGUUGUGGAAACCAUUGAUUUUGAUGAAGAUGUGAAUGAAAUUGAGAUUGAAGAAGAGGAAGCAGUUGAGGAUGAAACUAUGGGUAUGGGCACUGAUGAAUAUCUUCCAGAGGGAGAAGAAGAAGAAGCAUACCCAUCCAGAAUGAUGGCAAUGUCUACCGCGAAUGAAGAUGAAGAACCACACUACAUGUAUCAUGAAGAGGAAAAUGCAGAAGAGAUGCCCAUGUAUCCAGCAGGUUUCAUGGAUGAAGGAGCUGCUCGUUUGCAAGAUAUUUCCAGCAAAUCCAUACAGUCCACACGUACUGAAGAUGAGGAGGAAGAAGAAGAAGAGGAAAUUGAUCUCAGCAAAUUUGCAAGGGCCUCCUACCAACCGCAGAAAGCCGCUGCUACUAAAGGCACUGCUCCUCUCAUUCUCCACCAUAACCCUCAAUACUUUGAACAGAAGGAACGUGAAAAGUCCAAACGAGAAAAGACCAACAUUGCUCCUGGUGCCGAGAUGACCAAGAUUAUUGCCUCAUGGAAUGAGGAAGGCAGUGACGCCACCAUGCGUGGUACUUUGAGUGGUGACGUUGCAUUGUCAGGAUCGGCCACUGCAACCUCCUCAGAACCAGUCAUUUGGGAUGGCUAUACAUCGAGUAUUCAACGAACCGCCUCAGCCGCAAAGGCUUCAGCAACCACAAGCAUAAGGAAAGAGCCCACUAAUAUUGUUGGACCUCAAAUACCCUCCGAAUACUUUAGACAAGAGCAAGAAAGACAACAGGAAAUUGCUCAGAUGGCAGCAACCAUGGCCCUUAAGGAAGUGAUGAGGCAAGCUCACCAACCUUCGUUUGAGGAAACGGAUAGCAAAAAGCCAAAAUACACUCACUCCAAUAACGAGCAGCAGAAUAUGGACGAUGAAGAAGAGGAAUAA